UUACACACGAGCUAUAUAUGACCGUACUCACUGUUAAUGUUAGCUGAGCAUGGAGCGCGUAUUGGGCGAACUUCAGGAACUUGUGAUUGCUGCAGUACGGUGCAUCAUCAUAUCAUAGGCCUAGCUGCUUAGCGAGACACAGAAAACUCCCUCCAUGAUGAAGGCCAUGCACAUGAGACUGCUCAAGGUCGCAACCUGCUGCCUUUUGAUUGGCUGCGUGGUCAUCGUGGUGUUUGUUCACGGUUCGGAGAAGACCCACCCACCUGUUGUGAGUGUCGUGAUCGUCGGCGGCACUGGAGACUUGGCAACGAGAUAUCUGUGGCAGGGGUUCUUCAGUCUCUACCAAGGUCAAAAGAAUGACUACUCGUUCAACUUCUAUGGGGCAGCUAGAAUGCCAGCGUCGGAAGGGGACAGCCAGGUAGCAAACAUCCUGCAACGUAACGUCUCGUGCGCCAAAUCUGUCCAGCCUGGCCCGGGAUGCGAGACACUACUUGACGCUUACAGAGCCAAGGUCUUCUACAGGAAGCUGAAAACGGCCCAAGAUUAUGCCGAAUUUUGUCGGGAGAUGAAACCGGAAGGAGCCAAGGAGCACGGGAGGUUGUUCUACCUGUCCGUGCCGCCGUUUGCGUACGCUGGCAUUGCCAAGAAUAUCGCCCAAGGGUGUCGGCCGGAAGGAGACACCUGGCUCCGCGUCGUCCUGGAAAAGCCAUUUGGCCACGACUACGGCUCCGCCCAGGAACUGGCUGCACAGCUGGCAGAACAUCUCAGAGAAGAAGAGAUCUAUCGUAUCGAUCACUACCUCGGCAAAAUAGGAGUCCAGAGCAUCCUUCCAUUCCGAGCACUGAAUGACAAAAAAUACAAGGACUUGUGGAACCGAGAGCACAUUGAGAGGGUUGAGGUCGUCAUGAAGGAAAAGAUUGACACCAAAGGUCGACUUGAAUUCUACAAUGAGUACGGAGUCAUCAGAGACGUCAUGCAGAACCACCUGACCGAAAUAUUUACCCUGGUUGCCAUGGAGGUACCGACCAACAUCAGCAGCCGUAGCAAGUUUCUCGGCAACAAAAUUCACCUGCUGAGCCAGACCCAGCCUGUCAAGCUGGAACAGGCUGUGAUUGGUCAAUAUGAUGGCUACACUGAUCAGUGGCGUCAGGAGCUUGGCAAAGGUGCGUCUGAAGAGACGCUAGUGCCAACCUUUGCUGCUGUGGCGUUCUAUGUGGAGAAUCCACGGUGGAAGGGUGUCCCCUUCGUCCUCCUCGCUGGUAAGAAACUAGACGAGCGAAUCGGAUACGUAAGAGUGGUCUUCAAAGAUAACGCUGUCUGCGUGAGCAAAGCUGGUAGCAGUGGUGCAGCCAACCGAUGUGCCAAGCAUCAACAGGUGGUCUUCUACACUGGCAACCCCGGGCUGAAAUAUCCCACAAUCCUCGUUUCUAAGCACCUUCCCAAGCCGACCGUCCCUGAAUCAUGGUCGGUGCCCGAUGCCAAUCCGAACACUGAAAUCUUUGGCUCCAACCUGUCGGACUUCCAUUACUUCUCGCCGCCCAAGGACCAGGAUGCAUACACGGCCCUGAUUGCAUCCUGUUUCCACGGCGACCAGAAGAUGUUUGUCGGCACAGAUGACCUAAUGGCAUCUUGGAAGAUUUGGACUCCAUUGCUGAAGAGCCUGGAGAACCAGAGGCCCAGAAUCUACUCUGGUGGGGAAGACACAGGGACUUGGCUGGACUUUAGAGUCAAAGGUAAAACUGUCAAGUUUCUUCACAAGCUUGAUGACCCAUUGCAAUAUCAGGAACCCGGGCCUGCAUUCCGGUCCAUAUCCAAUCGCUUUCGUUCCCGGCCCCUCGUCACGGGCAAAGAGGAAAGUGUUGUGGCCCAGCUUGCGCAGCACUUGUUGAGCAUCGCAGCCGAUUCCAUUCAAAAGCGGGGGAGUUUCCAUGUUGCCUUUCCCGGAGGGUCAACCCCUAAGAAUCUCUUUGCCCAACUAGCCAAAUCGUCCAAUCACUUCCCAUGGGAAGACACUCACAUCUGGAUGGUGGACGAGAGAUGUGUGCCAUUCACCGAUGACUAUUCCAAUUUCAAGCAACUUCACGACAGUCUGAUCCAGUUCGUUAGCAUCCCAUAUCUGAACAUCAACCCAAUGCCCGUCAAAUUGGCCAAUGGUUUCUGUGCUACCACAGACAAAGGGGCUGACACUUACGAAGACGAUUUGAUGCACCUCCCAGACGGGAGGUUAGAUUACAUCCUCCUUGGUGUUGGAGCCGACGGCCACGUUGCCUCGCUAUUUCCCAACCACCCCACGGUGGGAGAGAAGUCUGCCAAGGUGGUACUUUCUGAUGGGGGGCCCAGGAACAACGUACCCAACAGAAUGACCCUGACAUUGCCGACCGUCAACAGGGCCAGGCAUGUGGGGAUUCUGAUCUUAGGGAAGGGAAAGAGGGACAUAGUGUCAGUACUGAAGACAGAAGGGGUGAGGGACCCCCUCAGGUAUCCUGUGACAGGGGUGGAUCUAGAUGAUGGGGAACAGGUUUGGUAUAUAGACCAUGAAGCCUUGGUUUAAAAUCUCUGAGAAGUAGCUCAAAAAGUGGAACUUCCAUUGAGCAAACCUCACGUCAGCUGUUGGGUGGGGGGCAGUUUCCCUCCAUUCUGCAGCAAAAGGAUCUCACAAAGAUUUAUCGCUGUGCAUCUUGAAGUUCUGUCUAUAGCAUCAUGAAGAGCUGCUGUUUGUUGAUGCAUCUGAUAGCUAGAGUCUGUCUUUCAUUUUAGUAUCAUGGACAAAUUGUCACUCUGAUGAUCACACUUACUCUGCACCGAGAUUUGGAGCAGUAAUGAUCGACGGAUUCUCAAGCAAAUCGAACGUUUAUCAUUUUGGAGUUUUCCUCCAAACCAUUGACCGUUGGAAUGGUUGACCCUACUGGCUGGUUUAAAAAAGAUAAACCACCUACACUCAAGAAAGAAUAAUGACAGUCCUAAUCCUCACGUACACAGAAAAAUUGUUGCGGUUCUAUUUGUAUGAAGAGUACACGCUGCAUUCAGAUACGCUACAAUGGACAUUUUUUGUAAGGAAUCCUGCUGUCUUGUGUAAUUUGUCUCUUGCCGGCUUCUUUAAUUAAUUUGUAAAUUGGUACUGGAAGCAAAAUGCAUUAUAAAGAAACUGAAAGUGGCAAUUUACUUCAUGAAAUAUGUGUAUAAUUGGAAUAAGGAAAUGGCAUCGAUUCUUGCAUGGCUGAUAUUGCACUGUGGGCCAAUAUUUGAAGAAAGGUUUGAAUUUGUAAGAAAUUGACUUUACUUGUUAAACAGGUGAAAAGACAUACCUUCAGAUUUUAUAUGAGAUGCUAAGCCACUGGUGUUUAAAAGCAAGAGUGAAAUGCUCCAACAUUAUGAUCUGUGAUGAAAUUCUUUUUAUUCAGUAAUCUGACGUAUAAGCUCUUGAAACUAAUCAAUUGUGUUUUAAGACAAUGCAACAAGUCAUAACGGAUUCGUUUAACUUUAGCCGUGUUUGUACACAGAAGCAAAUGGCUCAACAAAAACAAUACAAUAAAUAAAUUUAAUCCACAGAAACAACGGCGACAAUAUUCAGUAAUCUGACGUAUAAGCUCUUGAAACUAAUCAAUUGUAUCUUAAGGCAAUGCAACAAGUCAUAACUGAUUCAUUUAACUUUAGCCGUGUUUGUACACAGAAGCAAAUGGCUCAACAAAAACAUUACAAUAAAUUUAAUCCACAGAAAAAUUAUCCGGCGACAAGAAUUACGUGUACUAAGGAGCCAAAUGCUCUUUCAAAAACAACUUAUGUUUCUCUAGAUGAUUUAUCCUGGAUCAGAUCCAGGAUGCCAACAAGGGUCAUUCCCCCCCCCC